GUGGCAUUGAAGUCUUAUCAGUGACCUCGUGGGCUUUAUAUCUGCCAGUCACUACGGAAACACUCAACUGCAGACUAACUUCACGGCAGCACGAUGUCCGCGAUGUGGAUCAGCAUACUAUUAAUAGUCCCAAUAGUGGUACAAAGUCAGGAUCCGCUUAGCUCCCAGAUUCAAAGCGCCUUCACAAAAGGGCAGACGACAAAUCUUCACUUGACGAAGGGAGAACAACUUCCUUUCAACACGAAAAUCACAGCGAUUGGAUCUAACUUUGACAAUGGAACAUUUGUUUGCCAGACCCCCGGGCUGUAUUCUUUUACCUUUUAUGGCCUCACUGAAAAGAACUGGGAACUUUGGUUGGAAAUGAUGAAGAAUGACGAGUUAAUUGCAUCAAUUUAUGCUUACACCUAUGCUGACUAUGCGGACGCCGGAAACGCGGCCAUCUUACAUUUAAAUGCCGGAGACAGAGUUUACUUGAAGGCCCAUGAUGACUACGACCAGACACUGUAUGGAGCAGAUGGCGAGAUCUACACAACAUUUACUGGAGAACUCCUGUUCGCUGAUGAUACUGAACUGGAUGCAGUUAAUUCGUACGGAGCGGUGGGUUUCUCUGCGGUGAUGACUCUCAAUGCUUCAAUUAGUGACGGAUCUGCUGUCAUCUACGACAAAGCCAUCACGAAUCUCGGCAGCGGAUAUGACGCAACCACUGGAACCUUUACUGCUCCAGUUGAAGGAACUUAUGUCUUCCACUUCCAUGCAUUGUCCCAUUCUGAUGAGGAAGCCUGGCUGGAACUCUUCCACAACACGCAGUACGUGGUAGCGUCGUACGGGUACACGUCUGGUUCUUACGCUGAUUCAGGCAACAGUGCCGUCAUCCACCUUAAGAGAGGAGAUACUGUCAAGGUCAAGGCCAGGCCUGGAACUGACGUCAAGCUCUAUGGAGACAUGGAUGAAUAUUACACCACCUUCUGCGGAGCUCUUUUGUCACCUACUGUUCAUGGUCAAGGUCAUGGUGGACAACAGGAAGUGGCCUUCUCAGUCGGUCUGACCCAUAACGAAGGCUCAAGUAACGGCCCCAAAGUGGUGUUUGACCGAGUUUUCAGCAACCUUGGACAAAGCUUUGAUAUCAACACCGGCACUUUCACAGCCCCAGUAAGUGGUGUGUACGCCUUCCAUUACCACGUUCUGGCCCAGAGCGGACAAGAAGCUUGGGUGGAACUGUACCAUAACUACGUGUACGUCAACUCUCUAUAUGGUCACACUUCCGGAAGUUAUGGACCCGGAAGUAACUCUGCUGUUCUUGAACUGGUUGCCGGGGAUACGGUUUACCUGGACAUUAAGCAUCAUACGUCUUUCCUGUACGGAGGCGGAGAUGAAGUCUACAGCACCUUCUCUGGUUAUCUCUUGUUUCCUGUAGCGAGCCACCACCCUGUUGUUGGAUGAAAGAUCUUAUUUUAGUAAAGUAUUUAUAUCAA